CUGUGUGUGCUUUACUGUAAACACACUGCUUUGUAUGGCUCUGCUAUGCAGAGCCAUACAAAGCAGUGUGCUUACAGAGAAGCACAAACACACCCAGCACACAGUUAACCCUUUGAUCGCCCCUCAUGUUAACCCCUUCCUGCCCAGUGCCAAUAAUACAGUGUCAGUGUUUUUUUUUUUUUUAGCACCAAUUACUGUAUUGUGUCACUGGGGAUGUCAGUGACACCAAGUUAGUUCCCCCCCAGUGUCAGAAUCCCCGCCGCACUCCCGCUAUAAGUCACUGAUCGCCGCCAUUACUAGUAAACAAAAAAAAAAAAGAAAACAAAUUCCAGUAUUAUAUACCUCCAUUUGUAAAUGCUAGAACUUUCAUGUAAACCAAUUAAUUUA